UCGAUGUUUCUAGCCAUGAAACGCCGCCGUACUAGUCUUCUUCAGGUUUCACAAUUCACUGUCCGACCGCGUCGAUUCGACGAUUUAACCCAAAGCUGCGUCAAACCGGAGUCACGGCAGGCGCCAAACCGAAGCUCCAGCGGAGCACCACCACUGAGAAAAACCAUGACGAAGAACGCUAAGAAGUCCCAAUUAUCACGCUCAUCUCGAGCUUCUGCCUCUGCCAAGGCCCCCAAAACAGCGUCCAAUGAUAAAAUGGUGUUGAGGGUAAAAUCAAGCGAGGGGAUGAAGAGGUCGGCAAGGCUGAGCAGAGUUAGCGCGGAGGAGAAGAGACCCGGGUCAGCAAAGAAGCCCAAAACAAAGCAGAAAAAGAAGAAUGAUAAAUUUGAUGCCAAAAAGCCUAAGAAACCGCCGACUGCAUUUUUCUUCUUCUUGGAGGAUUUUCGGAAGGAAUUCCAAGAACAGAAUCCAGAUGUCAAGUCAAUGCGUGAUAUUGGCAAGGCAUGUGGAGAGAAGUGGAAAACAAUGACAUAUGAGGAAAAGGUUCAAUAUUAUGACAUAGCUACUGAGAAACGAGCAGAGUUUGAUAGAGCAACGGCAGAAUAUAUCAAGAAAAAGGAAAGUGGUGAGGAUCAAGAAACUGAGGAUUCAGAUUCAGAGUUUGAUGAGUAGUAGGGCUGGAAGAUUCUUGUUAUUGGACAUAUAAUGUUUCUAUAGGGGUAGGGGGUUCUUGUGCAACAGGUCGUAUAUUUUUCGAAUCUCUCUUCAUUAAAACUGUCCAUCUCUGUAUCAUUUUUGUGUAAAUGACUACUUUGCAAUUGCAUUUUGUGAUAACAAAUGUAGAUUUGACAGUACUUUUAUUGUUGAAGUGGAAGAUCAUGUGUUUGAGAUAUAAGAACACUGAGGGAUAUAUUAGGAGUUGUCUUGAAACAGAGGAACCGAAGUUUGUUUAAUGUGUUUUAAGAUAAUAGGAUUUCUGUUA